UACACGUCAUGCCAACUGGAGUUUUUAAUUUCUGCGCAUGCGUGUCUGCAGCCUUUCGCUACUCGGGUCUGAAAAGAGGUUACAGAAGAUGAUGAAGAUGCUGCACAUUUUUUUGGUCCUGGCGCUGAUCGCCCUGGGCUCUGGAGAAGAGGGCGCCCGUCUGCUAGCGUCCAAGUCCCUGCUCAACCGAUACGCCGUGGAGGGCCGAGACCUGACCCUGCAAUACAACAUUUACAAUGUGGGAUCUAGUGCUGCUCUGGAGGUGGAACUGUCGGACGAUUCUUUCCCUCCCGAAGAUUUUGGAAUCGUUUCGGGAAUGCUGAACGUGAAAUGGGAUAGGAUUGCGCCAGCCAGCAACGUGUCCCACACUGUAGUGCUGCGCCCCCUGAAGGCCGGCUACUUUAACUUCACCUCAGCAUCUGUCAGCUACCUGGCUCAGGAGGGCGGACAAGUUGUGGUGGGCUACACCAGCGCCCCCGGCCAGGGAGGCAUCUUGGCACAGAGGGAGUUUGACCGCCGCUUUUCCCCACAUUAUCUGGACUGGGCCGCCUUUGGUGUGAUGACCCUCCCCUCCAUUGGCAUCCCACUGUUGCUCUGGUAUUCCAGCAAGAGGAAGUAUGACUCACCCAAGCCUAAGAAGAACUGAAGAAAGAAAAAGAAAAAAUACACCUUUGUUGUCGUUUGUUUUGUUUAGGGUUUCAGACUGAAGGGGUGGGUUGGUAUGUAAGGGGUUAAGUGGGCGCAGGAGGUCUGAGAAGCUUAAUGACCCAUAUUGGGGGUUGAAAGGUGUGCGAGUUAUUCAAUGUCAAAAAACAGGUUCUUAAUGCAGGGAUGAGAAUGGCAAAUGUGAAAAGUAGCCGGGGGUCUGGUAUAUAUAUAGCCACCCCCCCUCCCUAUAUAAACAUUUUCUCAACGGAUUUACACGAUUCACGAAAAUGAUACUUUCAACGGGAAAAAAACACGGAUCUGCGGAAAAUUCUCAUCCCUGUAUUAAUGAGAGAACAUUUACAGCAGCAGUUAUUACUGUAGCUUGAACUCAGUUUUGAAGUUGUUAGACUUCAAUAUCAAUAAAAACAAGGUGUUUUUUUUACUAAACCUGGAUGAAAACAGGUUCUUAACGAGAGAACAUUUACAGCGGCAGUUAUUACUGUUUGUAACUGUAGAUUGAACUUGGUUUUGAAGUUGUUAGACUUCAUUAUCAAUAAAAACAAGGUGUUUUUUUUUACUAAA